GGGGGCUCCUCGUCCCCCCGUUUUUCCCAGCGUCGGCGGCGAGGCCCGGGCGGGAUGCAGAGCGGCCCUCCCGGCCGGCUGUGCAUCCAGGUGGAGGACAGCCUGUUUGCCGUGGACAAGGCCCUCAUGGUGGAGAACAGCGAAUUCUUCCGGGCCCUGUUCCGGUCGGGGAUGCGGGAGAGCAGCCAGGAGCGGAUCAGCCUGCGGGGCGUGAGCGCGGCCGGCUUCCUCCUCACGCUGCGGGUCCUGCGCGGGGAACGGCCCGUCCUGGGCGGGGACGAGGUCCCCGCGGCGGCCGAGUGCGCGGCCUUCCUUCAGGUGGAGCGGCUGGCCCGCUUCCUCGUCCACUCCCUGGCCCCGGACAACUGCGUGGCCCUCUACGAGGCGGCCGCGCUCUUCGGCCUGGCGGAGCUGAGCCGCAGCGCGGCCCUGUACAUCCGCGACCGCUGGGCCGGCCGCGGGGACGGGCCGGAAGGCCUCUCGCCCGCCGGCCGGGCCCACGUGCGUUCCCUGCCGCCCAGCAGCUUCGUGGCCGUGGGCGCCCACACGCCCGCCUCCGGCCUCCUGGACGACCCGACGCGGACCCUGUGCUACCUGGAUGAGGGGGCCGACGCGUGGAAGACCCUGACCCGCUUGCCGCCGGGGGCCAGCACCCUCCUGGCCGGCGUGGCCACCCUGGACAACAAGGUCUACGUGGUCGGGGGCGUCCGCGGGGCCGACAAGGUGGUGGUGGAGGCCGGCUUCUGCUACGACGCGGACGCGGACGUCUGGCGGGAGUUCCCCGGCCCCCGGAGGCCCCGCUACGACCCGGCGCUGGCCGGCCAGGACGGAGCCCUCUACGCCAUCGGCGGCGAGUUCGAGAGGACCCCGCUGGGGUCGGUGGAGCGCUACGACCCGGGGUCGGGACGCUGGACCCGGGCGGCCGACCUGCCCCAGCCCGCGGCCGGGGCCCCCUGCGCCCAGGCUCUGGGCCGCCUCUUCGUCUGCCUGUGGAAACCGGCCGAGGCCACCGUGGUGUACGAGUACGAGGCCCGCGCGGACCGGUGGCGGCCCGUGGCGGCCCUCAAGAGGCCGCAGAGCUACGGCCACUGCAUGGUGGCCCACGGGGACGCCCUCUACGUCGUGCGCAACGGGCCUUUCGACGACUUCCUGCGCUGCUCCAUCGAUCGCCUCAGCCUCCGCACCCUGCAGUGGACCGCCCUGCCCGGCCAGUUCAUGAACAGCAAAGGGGCGCUCUUCACGGCCGUGGUCCGGGCCGACGUCGUCUACACCGUCAACAGGAUGCUCACCCUCCUCUACUCCAUCGACGGCGGCGCCUGGACGCUCCGGGAGCAGAAGGCCGGCUUCCCCCGGCCCGGCUCUCUGCGGGCCUUCCUCCUCCGCCUGCCCCGGGGGCAGGGGACCGAUCCCCGGGGGUCCCCAGAUGGGGAGGAGGGACCCCUCCUGCCCGACGUUUCCAUUUUCAACCGAGAGACACCAGAUGACAUCAUGUUGGCACCGAGAAGUGACGUGGGUGACGGGCUAUGUAACAAUAAUGUGUGUAACAGUGGGGGGCUGCCUGAGUAUGACAGUGAUGCGUGUGACAGCGGGGUGGGUAUCACAGAGGAGGGGCGGGUAACAAUGCUGAGGCCCGCCUCAGGCAGCGAGGUUCACUGGCCAUCCGGGCCGCCCGUGGCUCGGGCUAAGGACGGACCCCGCCAAGGCUUCCUCAUGAGGUCGGAGCUGCCAGAGGCCUCUGUGUGA